AAGUGGAAGAAGAUCAGUACUGGCCAAGUCUGCUUUGGAGCUCGAGAUAACUCAUAUGGGGCUUUCAACAUCAAAGAGAAUGGGGUCAUUUAUACCUUUAAACUCGUUCAUCUGAGUGGGUCAGUUAGAUGUAACCCCUCUAUCCAACCUUCUAAUUGGGGAUGUGACAAUCCCUGGUAUAAAGACAAGAGACUCCUAACCGUCAUAACGUUCAAGAACAGAUCCGCUCUUUUGUUGGCAGAUUACACAAAACGUUGUGGCUAUCCAUAUAAGAUCGAAGGUGUAGGUGUUAAUGACAAGGAACUUCGAUUUAACAAUCUUCCCACUCUAAUAUCUGUGUCUGUUGGAGAUGAGUUUCAAAUUUGGUACGGACAAGACUUAAAUAACUGUUCAGAAGAAAACAACAGCGGUCAGACAUGUGCUGAUGUUUAUGCGUGGUACGCGUGA